AUGAGUUAUACAAGUAAUUGCGAUGAAACUGAUUACUUUAAUAACCACUGGGCAUCGAGUGAUAGUGAACGUUCCUUCCCAAAAAUGUCCAGUGAGGAUUCUUCGGAUGAAAUGGAUGAUGAAAGUAGCGACGUCGAGUUAAAUGUUGCAGCGGAUGCGAAAUAUAAUCAAAGGGAAUUGGAACUGUCUGGAUCAGAUUCGGAAUUAAACUUUGCGUCCAACAUUCAUUCUGCUGAUUCCCGGGACGAUAUAAUAGCCGAUGAACAAAAUGCCAACAAACUAGGUAGCGAAGUUGACGAAAUUCCUAGUUUGGUGAGUGAUGAUUUUACAGAUGAUAUAGCAAUUUCUGAUAAUAGAAAGUCAGAAGAGCUGCCGAAUGAAGUCGAUGACGAAUUUAUUAUGAAGCAACUUGAAAAAUUGAUUAUUCGUCGAAACAAGAAGAACAAUGAGGCUCGUUUGAGAUGGUUGACAUUUUUACGGGAACAGGUAGAAGCGGAAGAAGAAGCGAAACAAUUUGAAGCAUAUUGGGAAAGAAGACAUCAGGAAGAUAAGGAUUUAUGGAGAGAUAAGGAUUUUGCAAAUGCAAUUUAUAAAAUGUCCCGAGCUGGUUAUAAAGGAAAACAUGGUCAUUUUGAUGUGCCCGACGAAAUUGUACAACAGAUGGAUGCACUUUACAUGCAAAUUACUGUAGGCGAUUACGAUGGAAACAAACGUUUGAAAUGUGCAGAAGAAUGGAAGAAACUUCAAGGCAAAACGAAAAUUGAUUGCCAGAAAGAAUUUAUAAAAUUAACGAAUCGGACGAUUACUAUGUAUGGAUGGAAUCCGCCGGAUGGUUGGCUAUAA